AUGUCCGAACAUUUAAAUAUUGAUGAAUUUUUAUCUGAAGUAUCUAAAUUAUUCAAAACCGCAAACACCCUAAAGAGAAAUGUUCGUUUGACAAUGAAAAGAUUGGUUGUUAAAGAUGAGGUUACUAAGCCUUUGGAGUUUGAUUCAACAAGAAACUCUAAAUACGAUGUAUCUAAAAUGUCUAAUACAAUUAAAACCGUUAAAAGUGGUACAGUCAGUAAGUCAACAUAUAAAAUUUUAAUAAGAGCCACUAUGGGUGCAGGUAAGACGAGUGAUAGUUAUGGAGAUAAUAAAAAGAUUAAAGUCUCUACAAUUGUAGAUCCCAAUGAUCUAGACUUAUUUUGGCGAAGGUACUCCUCAUGUAUUAAAUCUGGAAUGGUUGGGUUAAGCAAAAGAAAGAAGAAAAAGAGUAAGAGUCAUAAAAAUGAAAAAACUACCAAUAAAAAGACUAAAAUAGCUAAAAAGAAUUAA